CAGCAGCUGUCCGAAGGGUCCAUGUUCGGCCAUGGCCUGAAGCACCUUUUCCACAGCCGCCGGCGGUCGCGGGAGCGGGAGCACCAGAACUCGCAGGACCCGCUGCCGCCGCCCUACGGGGCGGCCGGCCACCCCCAGAAGGGGAGCCCCCACCUCGUCCGCAAGGCCCCCCAGGACAGCAGCCUCACCGCCAUCCUCCACCAGCACCAGGGCCGCCCCAGGUCCUCCUCCACCACCGACACUGCCAUCCUCCUGGCCGAGAGCGGGGCCGUCUACCUGCUCACCGAGGACACCGAGUGCCUGGCCGAUAAGCUGGACAAGGGGGACGUGACCACGCUCAGCCUGCCCUCCACCGCCGGGCACGGCGAUGCCGAUGGCACCGUCUGCCUGGAUGUCCCCGAUGGCACCCCUGACCCUCACAGGACAAAAGCCGCCAUCGAGCACCUGCACCAGAAGAUCCUCAAGAUCACCGAGCAGAUCAAGAUCGAGCAGGAGGCUCGGGAUGACAACGUGGCCGAGUACCUGAAGCUGGCCAACAACGCGGACAAGCAGCAAGCCUCCCGCAUCAAGCAGGUUUUCGAGAAGAAGAACCAGAAGUCGGCACAGACCAUCGCGCAGCUGCACAAGAAGCUGGAGCACUACCACAAGAAGCUGAAGGAGAUCGAGCAGAACGGCCCCUCCCGGCAGCCCAAGGAUGUCUUCCGGGACAUGCACCAGGGUCUCAAGGACGUGGGUGCCAACGUUCGCUCCAGCAUCAGCGGCUUCCCCCCCCGCGUGCCCCCAACCCCCGGGGUCUCCCCCCCCCUCAUCCGAAACAAGUUCGGCAGCGCAGACAACAUCGCCCACCUGAAGGACACGUUGGACGACGGGCACCCCGAGGAGGCUUCGCGGGCUCUCAGCGGCAGUGCCAUCCCCAGCCCCAAGUACGGCAGCGACGACGAGUGCUCCAGUGCCACCUCCGGCUCGGCUGGUGGCAGCAACUCAGGGGCAGGACCCGGUGGCUUGGGAAGCCCCAAGUCCAACACGCUGGACAGCCACCACAAUAACUUUGACACCAUCCUGGAGGAGCUCCGGGAGAUCAAGGACAGCCAGUCACACCUAGAGGACUCCAUGGAGGACCUCAAGGCCCAGCUGCAGCGGGAUUACACCUACAUGACACAGUGCUUGCAAGAGGAGCGGUACAGGUACGAGCGCCUGGAAGAGCAGCUGAACGACCUCACCGAGCUGCACCAGAACGAAAUGACCAACCUGAAGCAGGAGCUGGCCAGCAUGGAGGAGAAAGUGGCCUACCAGUCCUACGAGAGGGCACGGGACAUCCAGGAGGCGGUGGAGUCCUGCCUGACACGCGUGACCAAGCUGGAGCUGCAGCAGCAGCAGCAGCAAGUGGUGCAGCUGGAAGGGGUGGAGAACGCCAACGCCCGGGCGCUGCUGGGCAAGUUCAUCAACGUCAUCCUGGCCCUGAUGGCCGUGCUGCUCGUCUUCGUCUCCACCAUCGCCAACUUCAUCACCCCGCUCAUGAAGACCCGCAUGCGCAUCCUCAGCACUGCCCUGCUCGUCCUCUUCCUCUUCUUCCUCUGGAAGCACUGGGACUCCAUCACCUACUUUCUGGAGCACGUCCUGCUCCCCAGCUGAUCUGCAGCCUGGCUGCUGCGGCCCCGGGGGCUUUCCAUUUCCCGCAGAGGAGAGGGCUGGGGGGAACAGUGGGCCCAAAGCCUUCAGGUUUUUUUUUCACAGGCUCGGUUCGGUUGUUUUCC